UCUAAAAAAAAUAUAUACGGUCGAAUUGAGAAACCUCCUCCUUUUUUUAAAGUCAGUAAAAAAAAGUGUAAUUCCAAUAUAAUACGAUUAAUAUAACCUAUAUUCCAAUGGUUUGCUAAAUUGAGUGCUACUUGUAAAUUGAUUGAAUAAUACCAAUGCUUGGGAAAAUUUAUCCUGCCAUUAUGAAAUCGGAAAUAAACACAGACAAAUACUUUUCUAGCAAUAAUAAUUUAAUAAAAUUGUGGAUUGCUGUGAUAAAUAAACCCGAGCACGGAUUUACUCAGCCAUGUCAAGAGGAGGAUACCGUUGUAUUUAAUGAUUCUAGUUGCUUAGUUUAUCAGAAUGCCAUUGUGCAAGGCUGGAUAAACAACUGCGAAGUGUUGGGAUUUAUACCAGAUUGUCCAUCACCGGAUUAUCCUGCGACAGACUGUUUCAACUAUUCAGUAUAUAAUCAAAAACAGACAUCGCAUGCGAGAAGUUUUCAUGGAUUACAUUCAAGUCCGCCCAAACGAAAUGCAUUGAGAGUAAAUUUGAAACGAAAACGCAAGCGAACAAUUUUCACAACGGAACAAAUAGUUAUUCUCGAAGGCGUGUUCCAGAGGAAACCUUACAUUUCCAGAGAAGAGAGGUUAGCGAUGAUGAAUAGUUUGCAGCUCAGUGAAAAAGCUAUUAAAAUUUGGUUUCAAAACCGUCGUCGCCUGACAGAUAAAAAAUGUCAAGAAUAUACAUCCGAUUCCCCAUCAUCACAAGAUUCUCAAGAUUAUUCAGAAAGUUUGACAUUCAUUGAAGCACAAAUAAAAGAUAACACAGAUGAAAAUGGCUACGUAACAUUAAAUGAUCACGCUAUGAGUGAGUUAGUUAAUGUUAUUGAUGAUUGUAUCCCUAAAGAUUUAAAUCUUAAUGAUCUGGAAUUUUGUAGAAACACAAAUUCAAGUAGAGCUUUAUAUCCAGCAAUUACAGAAGAUGUUGUAAUGUACGAACCCAUUUCACCUGCGAGUUCUGAUCAUAACGUUAUAUAAAAUUCUAAAUAUGGGGAUACGAUUUUUAUAUGAAUAGAUUUUAGUGAAUUUUUGUGAUUAACCCAGUAAAAUGUGUAACUCUAUGUAUAUUAUGUUAUCUAAUUAUUAAAUAUGUAAAUAUUUUUUUUAUUUAAUAUUAAUUAUCAAUUUUAUAAGUACUUUUUACUUAAGUUUAAUAAAUGUAAGUAAAACUAAAAUUACCAUAAAACAUUUAUUUACCUUUAAUAUUUGAAACUGAAAACUAUACAUACUUAAAAAUAUUUUAUUCAGAGAAAAUUUGUAUAAUGUAUUAAAUAAGUAACUCUUAUAAAUUAAAUACAUGUCUAUAAAAUACAUAAACUUAUUUGUCAAACAAUUCAUUAUAAAGAUAUAUACGAAGAGUAUUUACUUGUUGAAGUAGAUGCUUGUUGACUAGAUGGCUCAGGUGGUGCCAUA